AAAUCUGCUGCACGCUGUAUGAAUCCUGCAAUGCACAUCAGGCCGUCAACCAGAUCAAAAUGGAAAUAAAUCGAAGCAGUCAUAGUUCUGAAUCUAAGAACAUUUUGCAAAGUAUUCAAGAUAGCUCUUUUAUUGCAAUCGAUACAGAAUUCACCGGCCUUCAUGCAACGCAGAGUGACAUCAACAGUCUGUUCGACACCCCAGCUCAACGCUAUGAGAAGCUACGGAGGAUGGCCAUGCAGUAUACCAUCUGCCAGCUAGGAGUAUCUGCAUUUGUCAAGGUACCCAAUACGAACACUUAUGAGGCACACACGUACAACUUUCAUCUCUUUCCAAGAAGUAUAUCCUCUUUGGAUGCAAGGUUCACAUGCCAGGCAUCCAGUAUUGAGUUCCUUUGCAAACACAACUUUAACUUUAACAAGCUUUUCUAUGAAGGAGUGAGCUACCUAACUAGAGACGAGGAAGAAGAAUUGAGAAGCCAGGCACAAACAAAGCCAGUUCAACUUGCCAGGUAUAUGGAUGAGGAUUUGCAGAAAGAGGCAAUAUCAACCAUUUCUGAAUGGCUGUCGGAAGCACACGCAGGAGAUGAGCUUACGGUUGGACAAUACGAAGAACUGGAUGGUCUUCUGUUGCAGCUUGUUAUUCAAGACUCCUUUCCCCUUCUCAACACUUGCUUUGAUGCUACCACCACACGGCAAAUGAAGGUCAGAGUAAUGGCAACUGAAAACAAGGAAGGAUUAGAAGAGGAUCAAGUCAAAUUAGGACACAGAGUUGUUGAUAAAUUGCUGGGUUUCACAGCAGUCUUCCGUGCCCUGGUGGAAAGUAAAAAGCCCAUUAUAGGUCAUAAUCUUCUCACAGAUCUGAUGCUGUUUUUCCAGAAGUUUCACAAUCCUUUACCACGCAGUUAUUCAACCUUCAAGGUCCAACUCAAUGAGCUAUUUCCAAAGAUAUAUGACACAAAGUACCUGUCAUUUGAAAUGAGGAGGAAUCUAAUUGAUGCUGGCCUACCGGUCCAAAACACAAGCCUAGGUUCCCUGCUAGACAACCUCUCAACAAAGGAAGGAAUCCUGAUUGUGCUUCACUCUCCUCACAUCGUCCAUGGGUCAGGGUUUGACAAAUAUGUGAAUGGUGGGACCCUACACGAAGCAGGCUAUGAUGCGUAUGCAGCUGGAUAUGUUUUCCUGAGGCUAGCACAUUACAUCACAGCCAAGGAUAUCAAUGUCAUGGCAAGUCGACCCCUUGACUUCAGAGAAUACAUGUGGAAGCUCAAAGACUAUGUAAACAAAAUCAACAUCAUUCGGGCAGCUGUCAAUCAUGUGAAUCUGACCGGGACAGACCCACAGAGCAGGAGACCAGAAUGGUUACAUGUGACCUCAAAGAAGCUGAGCCAGUCAUUGGAUGGGGUCAAGCUUGCUCAGGUGUUUGGUGCUUACAGCUCUGUUGAUGUACAGGUCAUUGACAGAAGACACGCUCUGCUGGCAGUAGCACAUUUUGGAGGAAGCAAAGAUAUCAUGCGAGCUUUCAAAGAACACGACAAACUCUCUGUGGUCAAGUAUAGCCCCUUACACCACAGCAAACGUGUUAGAAUAGGACUUUGGAGUGCAUUGCUUGUCUCUGGGGCUGUGUGUGUCUGGGCUUUCUUCGGCAACCAACCCAAACCAGCCAGAUGAUUCCAUUCCUCACCUGACAGCCAUCAGGUGACCAAGUCAUGUGACCACCGCUGAAUCACACAAUGAUGUUGGAUUAUGACGGAUUUCCCAACUUCACUCCUGGACCCAACACUUCACCCGACUCUAAUAAACGCUGAGCCUAUUAUUGAACCUAAAAACACAAUUGCAACCCAAACUCUAACUCUAACCAUAUAGCAGUGAUGAAAUAGUGCCUGAAGCAAAUGUCAGAUCACCAGACUGAGAGAUGAGGGUUCAUAUCAAACUUGAUAUUAAAGGGGGUGUAGCAUGGUUAACGCCAUCUACGACUUCUUUUGGACAACUGCACGUAAACGAAUAGACUUGAUUUGCAGUCAGCGCACCCUAGCAUUCGCAAAACAGACCGAAGUUCUCCUCUCGCUUCGGUUUCAUGUAUGUUGCAUGCACGUUAAUACUGUGAUCACGUCGUCCGUAGUCAUAUUAUACCCGAUUGGCCCCGAGUCAGGCCACGUGAAAGACACGUAGUCUCGUCAUGCUACACCCACUUUAAGCUGAUGUAUCCAAAAUAGUCCUGAGAGUUAAACUUCUUUAGACAGCUAUUAUACAGAUGAAAAUUCAGUUGACUAAAUAUCCUCUGAAAAAAGGUACUGUAAAUUGAAUUUCUCAUGGAAUUAUGUCUACCCUCCAAUAUGAAAUUGUCUACCAGCUGAGCUAACCGUCCAAUGUGCUAUGUAAGUUAUUUCUGAAAAAAAUAGAUUUUUUGGUCUGUUUGCAUUCAGAAGUGUGUUAAUCCUGUGUAAGUUAAUGCCCUUCUGGCUCCAAACAGACUUUUUUUUUAAUAUAUAUGGGGAUAUUGUUUAUCUAUUCAAAAUGUCAUGCUUUCAAAACUGUGCAUCUGUGAUAUAAUGAAAACAACACCUUUUAUUAGGGAAUACAUCAGUAUAUCU